AUGUCUGCCACCCAAAAAGUCCAGCAACACCCCGCCUUCAUCCAGGCCCAAGACAAGGCCAACUACUACGUUAACCAACUCGACAAGGAGCUGUCCAAGUACCCGCUCCUCAACACUUUCGAGCAGCGCACGCAGGUGCCCAAGAGCUAUGCCUUCCUCGGAGCCUCCGCUCUCCUCGUCCUCCUCCACUCGGUGAACGCCUUCGCCGCCCCGAUCUCGAACCUCGUUGGCUGGGCCAUGCCCGCCUACCUCUCGAUCAAGGCCCUCGAGAGCCCCGGCCACCAGGACGACAUGCAGUGGCUCACCUACUGGGUCAUUUUCGGCUUCUUCACCUUCCUCGAGUCCUUCGCCGGCCGCAUCGUCCUCUACUACCUCCCCUGGUACUUUGCCUUCAAGAGCCUCUUCAUCCUCUGGCUCCAGCUGCCGCAGUUCCGCGGCGCGCAAAUGCUCUACGGCACCGUCGUCCGCCCCGUCUUCGCCAACCUGAACGGCAAGGCCACUCACGCCCCCACCCAGUCGGAGCCCGUCACCGCCGACGGCCUCCGGGACCGCGUUGGGUCUUCGGAGUAA